AACCGCGCACACAUUCAAUCAUACACAACACACCUACGCACACAAUACCCAUGCUGGCUGCAAGUGUGUGCAUGUAUUAGUCACUCAUGUGCGACCUGCACCACUUGCAUGCUGCGCUCCCCUCAUUCUCAUUUUCUCACUCGUCGGCAGCGAGUCGCAGCAAGUUCAUGGUAUGCAAGUACCAGUAACACCAACACAUCCAGCCUGCCAGGUGACUACCACAGUGAGAAUGAGAAUGAAAUGAACUGAAGCAGUACGCAUAUACAUGUACUAAAAACACAUUGUAAUUGUGUGUAGUGAAUCCAGUGGCGUGUGAGUUUCGAGACGGAAAUCUCACAAAACGCACCCGUAUAUCUUCAAGCGCCGCGAUAAUCGACCAGCAUAUUCACACCGUGACAUCGUUGCCAUUAUCGACACACAGCAUAGCACUCUCGAUCUGUGCGGCGAUAAUUAAUUACUCGCGUCACAUCCAAAUCUACGAAAUAGCGAAAACGUCAAUACGCAUCGCGCACAAAUGCUGCAUCAAGACAGCGCGUGCCACACUUCCCGUAGAUAACGUUCCAUCAAUAAACUGCACUGCGUGAGCAGCUAAUAUUGAAGUGAAUUCUUGUGUUCAGAACAAGUUACAAUGGCUGAGGCAUCUGUAGAGAGCCCUCAACCUGAAACAUCAGCUGGUGGAGGCCUGGCUGUGAUGCAAGGCUCGCCAAGCAAUGAGUGCUCAUCUAGCCCACCGCCAAACUGUGCAAUUUGCUUGGGAAAUUGCAUUAAUAAGUGCUUUUCAGACUCGUGCAUGCAUCAGUUUUGCUUUAAGUGUUUACUUGAGUGGUCAAAGGUAAAGGCUGUGUGUCCACUGUGCAAGCAACCUUUUAAGAGUAUAAUUCACAAUGUGAAGUCUAAUGUGGAAUAUGAUCAACAUUUUGUUCCUCCACCUGCUUCAACAGAAGCUAGGUUUGAAGAUUUGGUAUGGAGGGAUACUUCAAGACAUUUUCAGUUUAGAACAACAUUAACAGUUGAUCCUCGUGGAGAAUUGGCCAUCCAACAUUUGUUAUCGACACGUUCGAUGACUAACUCUCUGCCGCGAUACACACGCAUGAAUGUAUUGCGCCACGUCGGCGAUUAUCUGCGCACCCAUCGUCACCGCGAUGUUUCCUCAUCCAACUACCGGCGUUCGCUGUACGAACGCAACCUAUACACACACCCUAUGACUGACGUGACGGGGCGCUAUCGCGAAGCCACGUCCUCGUUCUUUCGCGAGUACCCCGGCUCGAAAAACCGCCUUGUGCCGUUCCUGCAACGCGAAGUCAACGCGCUCCUACCCGACGAGCGUUCACUACGCGCAAUGAAUCUCGUCCAUCGCAUUCUCGCUGCCAUCGACGAUCAUCCGAUCCGCGGGCGAUACAUGAAGAAUAUGCUGCGGCCCGAAAUGGGCGACAACACCGAGCACUUUCUGUAUGAGUUCUAUACUUAUGCGCGUUCACCGUUUGAUCUUUGGGGGUACGAUCACAAUGCGCAGUUGCUGAAUGCAGAGCCGACUAUUACCGAAGACAGCAGCGAUAGUGAUGUACUGAUUGUCUCUGUCGAACGUGCGCCUGCGCGACUCACGAGCGAAGUCAUCGAAAUCGCAUCCGAGACUAGCAAUGAUUCCGAUGUGGUUAUCCGAGAACCAACCCCGCCGGUUACCGUGGAUCUUGCCUGCACAACUUCGUCCAGUGAUGAUAAUAUCCCUCUUAAAGAUAUUUCUACAAAUCAACAACAGCAAGAUUCCAGUAUAAAUCAACCGUCGAAUGUUCAUCCGAAGCGCAGUCGCAUGAAUUCAAGCAUCAAACGGCGUCAUGAUAUUUAUUUAAGCAGUUCAGAGUCGGAUGUUGAUGGUUUCAUGGAAGAUGCACGGCGUGUGAUGUCCAGAAAGCGUUCUUUGCUUCUGAAAGCACGAGAAGCGCGUAUGUUGAGUCAGGCGGACGAUGGCAGCAGUUCGGAUGAGAUGGAACCUCGCGCGAAACGCAAGAAAUUGCGUAAGAAGAAGCACUAUCGCAAUAAACACGAACCAACGCCGCAGGAUCAAAUUGCGUCGACUUCGACUUCUACUGCUUCACCUGUCAAUAAUACCAGCAUUAAAAACGAGAAUGAGAAUGAUCAUGAUACGCAUUCUGCCAGCGCGCACGAGUUAUACCAAAGGACUGGCUUGGGUGUUUCGAAUCUGAAUUUAAAUAUGAACUCGUGGUUUCCCGAUUAUGGUGAGCACCAUCACAGUGACAUGGGUCCCGUUCAUCUUCCGAAAGUGCAUCCGUCGUCGAUGUAUUAUAAUGAUGUAAAGUAUGCGGAGGCGCGGCGUACGGACGAGCCGGGCCCGAGUGGCAUGAGUAGCGGUGUGCCGUUGUGGCAGCCGAAGCCAUGCUCGGACUCUGAUUAGUUUGUAAAACUAAAUUCUAUUUAAUAAUAUGCGUUUUUGUUAGCAUUAUUGGGCCAAGAUUCAAACUGAUGUGGAGAUGUAUGACUACGUUCGUAUGAUUAUGAUUUUUGUUCCAACGAAACUAUAAGUUUAUAACUGAUUCAUUCACAGCCUAAUAAAAUGUUCCAAGUGAGACUUGAGUCAAGUUGACAGUUGAGAAUAGGGACGAUGUGAGGUUUUUAUCGGAAAUAACUAGUUAUCGGCGCAUCAAUGCAUUGAAUUUGCAUUUAUUUAUUACAAAUGUAGUUGCGAGUGAAACUACGUGUGAAAUAAAGAACCACAAUUUAA